AUGCCAGACAACGACACUCACCGUCAAGUCGAAGACCAAAUAAAACGCCUUGCUAAAUAUCCUCAAGUCUUUCAUGCUUUGGUUCUUCACUUACGCAUUGCCAAAACCCCUAACGUCUGUCAAUUCGUCGUCGUUCUCCUCCGUAAAAAAAUCACUAGUCAUUGGUCCAAACUCUCUCCUCAAGAUAAACAACUCGUCAAAGAUUCCCUCAUCCAAAGUAUCACCCUAGGACACAAUCCUCCUGUUUGGAAAGUGAGUGUGAAUGUUGUUAGCAUUGUUGCAAAGUAUGUUGUUCUGUCAGAUGAGUGGUCGGAGUUAUUUUCGUUUCUCUUUCAUAGUAGUCAGAGUCCUCAAGAGGAUCAACGUGAAUAA